CUAAACUUUUUUAUCACAACUUUGUGUAGACUUCGUGAGGAGGCUUAGAUUAGAAAAACCGAAAAUGGCGCGUCUGGUCUUCACCGAAAAGGAUCAAAAUGCAUAUGAUCCCAAAAAGUAUCGGGUGGUCCACAAGAAUCACUGGCGUCAGGUGAGUUUGCGUUUGGCACCCACGCAAAAGAAAUGGUGGGAGGAUCCCGAUGUAGUUGUUGCCUUCAAUUUGCCGCGCAUCAGCGCCCGCCUGGAGCGAUUGAUGGGCACCAAUGUGGUCAAGCUAACGGACCGCGCUUACAUGAAGGAACUGCGCGAACGCAUCGACGAGGAUUACCGCAAGCAGCUGCUCGCCCGUAUUCGGGCCCGUGAGUUAAAAGAGGUGGAGCGUGAGCGCAUCUUGAUUAUUGAGGGCAAGUCGGAUAUAAUACCCGAUGAACUGGCUGACGAUCCCAUUUUUAUGGUUAACAAGGAUGCCAACACAGAGAUACAAAAGGAGCGCUCCAAGCUGAAAACUAGCCGCGAAAAGAAUGCAGAACGACUAAAGGUGCAGGGCGUGAAGUGGGAGAGGGAACGACUGCAGCAUGCCGCCAAAGAGGCCGAGAUGCUGGCCAAGAAGCACGAGCGCCAUCGCCAACAGAAACUGCUUGUCGAACAGUACCGAGUCGAGGAUGCGGAACGGGGCAUGGACCUGCUGCGCAUCGACAACGAGGAUUGGCGCGAAUGCGAACAGAAUCUGAAGGAGUUCCUCGAGAAUGAACGCUCGAAAAUGAAGGAGCGUUCUCUGCGUGUGCCCAUGCCAUUCUCCUCCGAUCCGCAGGAUAUACAGAACAUAGUGCGGGCUCGCCAAAAGUUCCGUGAAACGGAGCUACGCAUACGUCACCAGCUAGAGGAUGACAAGAAGGAUGUGACUGCUCUGGUUGCCACAACCGAUCUGCCAUCCUUCGCCAUGGAUGAGACAGUGGGUGACACCAUUGAACUGCAGCGCGAGGUGUCCCAAGAAGACUAUCCGGGCGCCAUACAAAGCAAAUACAUGGACGAUGCCUCCGAUAUAUCCGAGGAGUCUGUGAAGAGCGCUAGCCUAAUCAGUCUCACUGUGGCCAAGGAGCAAUAUGCCGAAGUGCUCCAGGCCGAGAUGGAGGACGAGUUUAAUCGGGGACUGCUCAUCUCCAAGCAGCAAUACGAUCAACUACGCUGCGAGGAUGAGAAAAUUGUCGCCCUGCGCAAUGCCAAAAACAUAAUCGAGCUUUAUGAGUUGGCGGAGCAGAUAAUCAUGGGUGAUCCGGUUGAGGAAGAGCCAAAGGAGGAGGAAAAGGAAUCUGAACCGAUUGAAUACCACUCCGAGCCAGAGGAAGAUUGAAUAAAAAGCAGUUCGAUUAUUGUUCGUUGAAUUUCGAUCGAUGGCCAUCAUCUUUUCCAACGAUACAAAAUUAUUUCCGAAAAAUCGAUAAACAUUUUCUAAGCGUAACAUUUGCACAAAUUGCGUACAAUUUCGAAAUUAUAGUUAAUACAAAAGCUAAUAUCGAUAACGGGACUGUCGCCGUCAAAAAAUCAAAACGAUUACCUGUCAGUGAGUGUCAAUGCAUCAAGUUUAAUUAAACCUGUAACGAGUUCAAGCUAAUAAAACCCACAUGCAAACACACACUCAUCAAACUCCCAUUACGUGGGAGUUUUGCAGUUUGCACAGGGGACGUCGUUAAGUAGA